AUCCUAAAACCCGAGAUGCGCGGGCAAUUUUGCCUCCUCUUCUUCUUCUUCUUCUUCGCUUUGCUCAAUCUCAGUUCCUUUCCACUCCCAAACGAAAGAAAAAUAGAACGCUAGAAACUUCUCAGCAGAAAUGGGGAAUUGGUUUGAUAAAGAACCGCCGCCGCCGGUGGUUCUCGUCCCUCCUCUCUUCGAUUUCCCUCCUAUCGCCGCCCGUACCAGGAUGCUGCAAUCUUCGUAUAAUAUGUUGUUUGGGAAGCUAGCUUUGAAAUGCUUGUUCGAAGAUUAUUUCGAAGAAGCUAGACAUUUUAGUACUAUUAUUAUGUUGAAACCGAUCGAUGAUCCUCAUGUCGACAUAAUGGCAACCGUUUCAGGUCCACUUGAUCAUAAACCUGAAGAGAAAAUUGCUGGAAAUGCGUUAUUUCGCUGGCAAAGUGACGUGGAUGAUCCUCAUACAUUCAUGGACCUUUUCGUAUCAAACUCUGAUCAUGUUCUACAGAUGAGGUCUUGUGCUUACUAUCCUAGAUAUGGGUUUGGGGCAUUUGGCAUUUUGCCAUUGCUAUCAAAGAAAAGAGUAACUGCUGAAGACUAUGGUGUUAUGGGAUUGAGAUAUGGCUCAGGAAAGUUGUCAGCCGGAGUCACAAUUAUGCCUUACGCCAUUAAAGAUGAAUUGCCAAAGAGUGCAUGGCUAGUAAGCAAGCUGGGAAGGUUUACUGUUGGGGUUCAAUAUGAGCCACAAUAUGGAAGCAAAGAUGACAUGAAUUAUAAAAAUUUAUUGAAUUGGAGCUGUGCAAUUGGUUAUGGAGUAGGAUCGGGCAGUCCCUUGAGUCCAUCAUUUAAUUUUGGCCUCGAACUUGCUAAAAGUUCUCAGUUCAUUGCAUCAUUCUAUCAACAUGUGGUGGUCCAAAGGAGGGUGAAGAAUCCCCUUGAAGAAAAUGAAGUAGUUGGAAUAACGAAUUACAUUGACGUUGGCUUUGAAUUACAGACAAGGAUGGAUGAUACCAAAACAUCAAACAACAUCCCUGAUUCCACUUUUCAAGUAGCAGCGUCCUGGCAAGCCAAUAAAAACUUCAUGCUGAAGGGAAAGAUGGGACCUCUCAGCUCCUCACUGGCUCUGGCAUUGAAGUCUUGGUGGAAACCUUCUUUUACUUUCAGCAUUUCAGCAACUAGAGAUCGAAUUUCUCGGACUACAGCUUAUGGAUUUGGCCUCCGUGUAGAAAAUUUAAGAGAAGCCAGCUAUGAACGAGCUGAUCCAAAUUUUGUAAUGCUGACGCCAAACAAGGAGCACCUAGCUGAGGGUAUUGUUUGGAAGAUUGGGAAAAGACCCAUGCUACAAUCAGAUGUAAAUGCUGGAAACUUCGAGAGCUUGCCAAAGGAAUUGAGACCUCAAGGAAUAAUUUUGUAGAUUUCAACGAGUUUGUGUACCCGCGUGAUGCUGCAGGGUAUUAUCAAUUUAAGUAAUGUAGUUGUUCAUUGUUGGAGUAACUGAAAAUAAUUCAUUAACUAAUAACCCUUGUCAGAUUUAAAUCAAUGAUGGGAAGGGAUUGGUUAGUUAAAUAUAGAUUAUUUUAGGAUUAAUUUUAUAUUUGGUAGUAACAAUUU